AAUAUAUAUAUGUAUAUUAUCUCACUGGAACAUGAGCUAACAAAGCAAUUAGCUAAAAGGAUAACAAAAACUAUUCUCAAUGGCAGAAGGCAGAGCCACAAAGUAUGCAGUAGUUACAGGGGCAAACAAAGGGAUUGGAUUUGAAAUAUGUAGGCAGCUAGCUUCUCAUGGAGUGUUGGUGAUUUUGGGUGCUAGAGAUGAGAAGAGAGGGAUUGAAGCUUUGGAGAAACUUAAAGGCUUUGGUUUGGCUGAAAAUGUGGUGUUUCAUCAGCUUGAUGUUGUGGAUAAUUCUAGUAUUGAUUCUUUGGCUGAAUUUAUUAAGAUAAAAUUUGGCAGGCUUGAUAUCUUGGUGAAUAAUGCAGGAAUAGCUGGAGUCAAUGCUGAUGUUGAUGCCUUAAGAGCUAAACAAGAGUCCAGUGGGACAGGAGGAUCUCAAGUCAAUUGGAAUGACAUAUUGACUCAGUCAUUUGAGUUGGCAAAGGAGUGUCUUGAGACAAACUAUUAUGGUGUGAAGAGAAUGACUGAAGCAUUUAUUCCACUCCUCCAAUUAUCUAAGUCGCCGAGGAUUGUGAAUGUUUCAUCCUCCAUGGGAAAGCUAAAGAACUUGAAACAUGAAUGGGCUACAGGAAUAUUAAAUGACAGCGAAAACCUGACAGAAGAGAAAAUAGAAGGGGUGAUAAAUCAAUAUCUGAAGGAUUUCAAAGAAGAUACACUUCAAACCAAGGGCUGGCCUUCUUUAAUGUCAGCUUACAUAGUCUCUAAAGCAGCAAUGAACGCGUACUCGAGGGUCAUGACAAAGAAGCAUCCGUCUAUACAGAUCAAUUGUGUCUGCCCUGGUUUUGUGAAAACAGAUAUCAAUUUCAAUAGUGGGAUAUUGUCUGUUGAAGAAGGCGCGGAGAGUCCUGUAAGGCUUGCUCUACAGCCUGAUGACGGUCCUUCUGGUUUGUUCUUUGAUCGAAAAGAAGUCUCAUCAUUCGAAUGAGAGUAUGUUGUUAAUUGUGAACGCGCAGCUGAUGAUAUAAGCCUAUAAGGCCUAGAAUAACAUGUACUAAUGAAUAAUCUUCAAUUAAAUGCAAAUGGUGUGUUGUAUCAACUUCUCCUUAAUUCUAAAAAAGUUCGAGGUUGGCUAUA